UUUGUUCGGAAGCAUAGGCAGAAGGAAAAAGGGCUGAAUCUGCAUCGCACACCAAACAACUAGCGUGAAGCAAAAGUGGCAAGUUGAGUCAUUUGUCGCAUUCCAUUUGUUCAUUUUAUGAAAUGAAUAAAGUUGUUUUUGGACCUUAUUACUAGUUUUUAUAUAGUUUUAGUGAGACAUAAAAAAAAAAGCCAACGUUAUAAAAUGUGUAUGGACACAUGUUUACAUGUUAUGUAUAAAUAGAAUAUUCGAGUGGAGAUUUAUUUAUUUUAAUGACUUUAUGUAUUUAUUAUUGAGAUGUAACGUUUUCCCGACUUUGGCCCUCUUUGGAUUUAUGGACCUCUUCCUACCAUUCCGCCCCCCUCGAUCCCUCAUUCAUUACACGUCUCUUAUCUCGUGAGGAAGACAAAAGGACAUCAGACCAUCACCCACCCAAAAGGUGCCUUCAUCAAUGGCCGCCGUCCAGCCGCCUCCGUCUAAGCGCCGGAGAACCCACGGCGAAGGAGGACAUUCCGGUGCCGUGAUCGAAGGACUUCCCGACCACGUCGCCGAGAUCUGUCUCUCCCUUGUCGACCGUCCGUCCCUCAUCGCCGCCGUCUGUUCCCGGUGGCGACGGCUUCUGUACUCUCCGAGUUUUCCGGCGUUUCUUUCCAUGUACGUUGUUUUCGUUGACCCAGAUCCAGGUCCGGGUCGGGUCCGGGUCAUGAGUUUCGACCCGGUUUCAUCCCGGUGGGAUACACUCCCUCCUCCUCCGCCGGAAGCUGGGUCGCUCAUCCGCCGUCACCAGUCGUUCAUCUCUUUGGAUUUCCCGAUACAGUCCGUCUCCGUCGCCGGAAAACUCGUCCUACUCGCCGGAAGCACUCGGGAACUCUCGCCGGCGCUGUCUCACCCCGUCGUCUUCGACCCGGUUUCCUCCACGUGGACCCCCGGUCCGACGAUGGAAUAUCCACGGCGGUGGUGCGCCGCCGGAGCCCACGGAGACGCCGUCUACGUCGCGAGCGGGAUGGGGUCUCAGUUCUCGCCGGACAUGGCGAGGUCCGCUGAGAAAUGGGCCAUCUCCGGCGAUGCAGUGCGGCGGCAUGAAUGGGAGAAACUGAAGGAUCUCAAAGACGGGAGGUUUAGUAGAGAAGCCAUUGACGCGGUUGGGUGGAGGGGGAAGCUUCUGAUGGUGAACGUUAGAGGAGACGCCGUAAAAGAAGGAGCUAUAUACGACGUCGUAAAGGACACGUGGCAGGCGAUGCCGGCGGAUAUGUUGGCCGGAUGGAAAGGUCCGGUGGCGGCGAUGGCGCCGGAUGAGACGCUUUAUGCGGUGGACGAGACGAGAGGGACGGUGGCGAAGUACGACGAAGAGAGAAGAGAGUGGGGAGAAGUUGUGGCGGAGGAGGAGAGGCUCAAGGGGGCGUAUCAAAUCGCGGCAGUAGCCGGGAAGUUGUGUGUUGUCGCCGGAGGUGGCGGCGGAGGGAGGAGGAUUGUGGUGGUGGAUGUUGCGGCAGCGCCGGCGCCGGCGAAGGUUUGGAGUGUGGAGUGUCCUGAGGGGCUUGAACCGGUGGCGGUUCAUGUAUUACCAAGGGCGAGCCGACCCGAAUUUCGUUGAACCGGUGGCGGUUCAUUAUAUACAGUUAUUUUUUUAAUUUUAUUCGUUUUUCCAUUGCCUAUACGAGUUCUCUUUUGAUUUUUUUAAUAUACGUGAAAAUCACGUUGAAGUGAUAGAAAAAAAAAAGAGGUUUAUA